CCGCCGUCAGAAGCGGAAGCGGUCGUGCCGCGUGGGGUUGGUUGCGGCCGCCGCUCCCGGACGUCCAUCGGUCCGUGCGCCGAUCGAGAUCGCGGCCAUGGCCGUCCGCGCCAGCUUCGAGAACAACAACGAGCUGGGCUGCUUCGCCAAGCUCACCAACGCCUACUGUCUGGUGGCUAUCGGCGGCUCCGAGAACUUCUACAGCGUCUUCGAGGGAGAGCUCUUCGGGACCAUCCCGGUGGUGCACGCCUCCAUCGCCGGCUGCCGCAUCAUCGGCAGGAUGUGUGUGGGGAACAGGCAUGGGCUGUUGGUGCCAAGCAGUACAACAGACCAAGAACUUCAGCACAUCCGCAACAGCCUCCCAGAUUCCGUGCGAAUUCAGCGAGUGGAGGAGCGGCUCUCAGCGCUGGGCAAUGUCACCACCUGCAAUGACUACGUAGCUCUUGUUCAUCCGGAUCUGGACAGGGAAACUGAAGAGAUCUUGGCAGAUGUACUGAAGGUUGAAGUUUUCAGACAAACAGUAGCAGAUCAGGUGCUGGUAGGAAGUUACUGUGUAUUUAGUAACCAAGGAGGAAUUGUGCAUCCCAAAACUUCCAUUGAGGAUCAGGAUGAACUGUCUUCAUUGCUGCAGGUCCCACUUGUGGCUGGGACAGUAAACCGUGGCAGUGAGGUUAUUGGAGCAGGAAUGGUUGUAAAUGACUGGUGUGCCUUCUGUGGGCUGGACACAACCAGCACUGAGCUCUCUGUCAUUGAGAGCAUCUUCAAGCUGAAUGAAGCUCAGCCAAGUACUAUUGCUACCAACAUGAGAGAUUCCUUGAUAGACAGCUUGGCGUGAGCAGUGUUGGUUCGUGCAAUUCAAGAAGCUCCUAAGGAGUGAAGAGUCAAGCUGCAGUUUGGAUUACAGACCUCUAGAUCUUUGUUUCUGCAGGACUAGCACCAGGAAGAGGCUACCAAAAAAACACCUUUUCUGUAAUGUUUUGUAAACUAAAUAUUAUUGCAAAAAAUGGCAAAUAACUUUCACGAGUUCCAAAUAUGGAAUGUUCUCUAUCCCUUUGCUGAUGUUCUUCAUUUCUUCUUCAGCUGUACUUUCUCUGUGAUGCUGACUGAGGCCUUUAAAUUAGCCCACAAUAUUCACUUGUUUGGAUUUUGGUUACUGAUAACUAGAAAAUUUUGCCUUAAAUAGAGGAUUAAUAUUCUGCUCUGCAGCUGGCAGUUUCAGCACAUCUGUGGUACUGCCCACUCUUUCUUCUCAUACUCUUGGUGUUUCUGCUGUAGGUAGGCAUAAGAGCCCCUGUAUUUCCUGUACCAAAAACAUAGUAUUUAACUUGCCACAAGAAAUUUCAGAAGGCACCACCUGCUGUCCUGCCCUGACUUGUAGCUAUUUUCAUGGGGCUGCUGAUUCUGAAAUGAUCAGCUCUGACUGAAAAUGGAGUUUCUCAAAGAAGUCAAACCAGGGACUUAACAGCCAGUUGUGACUGCCUCCAGGGAUUUGAUCUGUUGUUUGCAGAUGUCAGACCUGUGUGGUACUUCUGAGACAUCUGCAAAAGAUCACUGAGAAACAUGCAGUUGCUGAUGGGCUUAGGUGUUCUCCAUGGGAGUUGGCCACCGUCCCUGAGAAACUCACAGAAGUCAGCAAAUCAGAAAGAGUUGAACCAUGUGAACUUGAGUUACCCUAGAGGCAAAGGUUAAUUAACGAAGUUCUAAAUGGUUGUUGCAUUCAGCUGUACUUUCUACUUUUGAGGGCUUGCUGUUGAAGAGUUCUGCCCUUGCCUGGCAGCAAUGGCGAUGCAGAGGAGCUGUAGAGUUAACAGGUUCUGGGAUUUGUAGCUCCCUUAAUGUAGUGGACAGCCUUUCUUGGCUGAUUCCAUCUCUCCUCCUCCGUGUCAGUGUUUAGCAUCAGAAGCUGAUUGCCUUUUGUCAUGUUGCAGGGCUCUCUUAUUAGGAAUAGGUAAAGAGCCUGACUGCUGCUGUGCCUGCUGGCAUGGAGUCACCAACUGUAAAUAAGUAACACUGUACCCCUUUUUUUUUUUUUUUUUUCCUAGCUUUGUGGGGUUUUUUUCUUCCUCAUUCCAAUCAUUAGGCAGAAAUCCUAGAUUGUAUUAGUGAUCUUGAUAUGCGUUAGAAUUGCUUAAGCAAGAAAAAUAAUCCAGUUUCUGUGAAAUGCAGAUCCAUUAGUGAGAAGGAUUCUGAGAUGCUGGUGAGGGUGGCAAUAUGCCAAUUAGAGACAGACAAGAAGAGGGAUUGCUGACUGUGGCGUGUGACUUCCAAUGAAACUUGCACUGAAAUUUGGGAACUGGGAGGUGGCAAAUACAGUAUCGGUUCUAAACAAAAGGUUUGUGGGAAUUCUGAACUGGGAAGGUGGACCUAUGUGGAAGGAGAAUUAACAGAAACUGUAAUACAGAAUGAAAUCAGUAGAAACAUCACGAGACAGCAAUAAACUGGAUGCUUUAAGUGCAAGUCAUGUCUCAUAAGGCCUAUGGAGUAAUUUAAAGUUUGGUUGUAAUCUCUGAAUUUCUGAGGAGGCUUUUGGCAGGGUUUUGUGCCAAAGGCUUUUAAGGAUCCCGGAUAAUCCUGUGGGAGGGAGGCUCAUGUAUGUGCCAGAGGAUGGGGAAAAUGUCAGAGUAAAUGAUUGGAUCUUUCACUGGGAUUUCAGAGGGAGCUCAGCUGUGUGCAGUUGGGGCAGGGCAGUGAAGUUUGCUCAGACUGCCUCACUCUCACUUGUAAGCACAAGAACUGACUGAUGUGUUGAUGGGAAGGUGGGAGAUAGGAGAAGAUCCCUUUGAAGUUUAAAGACUGAUUACAAAGCAGAAACAACUGACUGCUCUUAGAGUGGAGGGCAACUUCUGUUCUGACUGAUGGUUGACACAUCCCAGCAUACUUAAACUUACCUGGAAAAAUGAACUAACUUUACUGGUGAUCAAAUUAUUCACGCUAGUCAAAAACGAAUAAAUCAGUAGAGAAUACUGAGUGCAGAACAGAGUACGUGAGGGGCUGCUCUUUGCAGGAGCUGCAACUGCUGUGCUUCAGGUGGGUGUGCCAGGACACCCCUCUUGCUGCCCAGAUGGCCAUGCUGCAGAGCAGUGUUGUGCCAAGAACACGCUUGGGAGAGCCCCUUGCUUGUGGGAUUAGAGUUGGGUGAGCACUGAUGUUCCUCCUCCCCUGUGGUGGCAAUAUGUCCUGGUGCUGUGCUUCUGGACAAGAAGUACAGUGUGGCCACCUGUCUGGGAGAUGCUUUACCCAUGCUGAUGGGAGACGUGCUGGGUUGAUACUCAGAUGAUGUGCUUGUGUAGCAUCAGGCAGCGAAGAGCUUGGACAUGUGGAGUCUAAGGAGCUGUGUCCUACAUGGACACACCAAUAUGUAACCUGCCCCUAGAAAGUGAGCGUGCACUAGGAGUCAAAUCAGGAGGUAGUUAGAAAAGGUACCAAUUUCUUCAGUUCCUUAAAGCUGCAGUUCUUGAGUUCUGGCUCUGUGGGGCAGAAGGCUUACCUUACUGCAGCAGGCACUGUGCUGCAAGGCAGCACAUAGCUGUGAGCAGACAGCUGAGCUUCCUACAGCCCCUCAUAUCGUGCUCAUUGCACAGCUUGAUACUCAGCAUGAAGUCCUGAAGGGAAGCAAAGCCAACCUUUAGGCAUGAGGAGAAAAAACCCAAAAGAACAAAAGCAGACAUUUCUCCAGGUUGUAAAUUUUUUUUUUUUUAAUGAUGGCUGUUGGAAGUUGCUCAAAGGUUCGGGCUGUCACAGUCCCAGAGGAGAUGGCAGCGUACAGAUGAGUUCGAUGUGCCAUGUGGCUGUGGCAUUCAUAGUGUGCAUUCUACCACAUAAAUAGUACACAUAGCAACUUAGGGAGUAGCGUGUAUGGGGGGUGUCUAAUUAGUAGCUCUGAUUUCAUUUGGUCCUUUGCACUCCUUCACCCAUCAUAAGACAUUACCACAUUUUUUCACUAAGAUUCAGUUUUGCAUCUACUAGCUUCUCACUUAUUUCAUAAUAUCUUUGUUAUACAUUUUAUGCUUAAACAAUAAAAAAUGUGGCUAUGGAAAUUAAUCAUGAGAGACAAAAUACAGUUGGAGACCACAUUAUGCAGUCCUAGUGGGCUUCACUAUGAAAUACCUAUUGGUCUAUCUGGCUUCAUCAUAGCAAUAUUUGAGCACUAGUUAGAAAUCCAGAAUGCAAACAAUCUUUCUGCUUUUUCAUUCCUCAUAAUUGUAAUUACAAAUACUUAUAGCAUGUUUGUCAAGAAAAUAAAAAUCCUUGGAUUUUUUUUUCGUAGCUGA